AUGACAAAUCGGUCAACCCCCGGCACGCAACAGCCGUCCUCUCCUAGUUAUGCGCCAGAUCGACAUGGGGCCGCGCAGGUGGCUCCAAAGAGGAAGCGGGUAUUUAGUAACCGAACGAAGACAGGCUGUAUGACCUGCCGCCGCAGAAAAAAGAAAUGUGACGAGCAACAUCCAGCGUGUAAGUUCACUCCUUAUGGCUCUAGCUUCCCCGUUUCUUUCUCUCUUUUCUAA